AUGUCCACAAUUAAAAAGGUUGUUGUUCUUGGAGCUGGAGGUAAUGUUGGGAAAAGUAUCAUCAAAGCCUUGCUUGCUGAGAAUGGAAGAUUUGAAGUCACCGGACUUACCCGUGAAGCUUCGAGCGCUAGGCUUCCGGCGGACGUCCAGCAUUUGAGGUCGGACUUCUCUCAACAGUCCUUGAUUCAUGCUUUCCAAGGACAAGAAGCCAUAGUCAGCACACUCUCUGGCGGUGGUUUAGCUGAGCAGUCUGCCAUCGUCGACGCUGCAAUUGCUGCUGGGGUCCGGGUCUUCAUCCCAUCUGAGUACGGCAUCGACACGGCGAACCCUGCGGCGACAGAGGUGGUCCCGUUCCUCAAAGCCAAAGUUGCUGCAGUCGACUACCUUCGGUCCAAGCAGGACAAGAUUUCUUGGACGGCAGUCAUAAUCGGUGCGCUCUUUGACUGGGGUCUAAACAUUCCAGGCUUCGGCGGUUGGAAUGUGCCUGAUCGUAAAGUCACGAUCUACGACGGGGGGGAAAUUCCGUAUGAGGCGACAACCUUGGACCAAGUCGGCCGGGGGGUCACUGCGAUCUUAAAACAUCCUGACAUUACCAAAAAUAACUACGUCUAUAUCAACAGCUUCACAAUUACACAAAAUCAACUGUUGGAGAUUUUCGAAAAGAUUACUGGUGAUCAAUUCGCCGUUACACACGAUUCAUCCGAACAGCUAUGGCAGAGCGGUUUCAACCAAAUCCAAGAAGGACAACGACUUGGCGUUCUGGCUCAAAUUGCUUCGGCCUUUUAUGCAAAAGGUGCAGAACUGAACCUCGCCAACUACUCGAAGACACGGGGGCUGUGGAAUGACAGAUUGGAGAUUCCAAAUGAAAAGUUGGAGAGUUUUCUAAAGGAAUAUCUCUCCACCAGACCCAACUCACAGUAA